GUGGCGCGGAUUUUUGUUGUUACAGAGUCUGUAGGAACUCUACCCUCCUGAGAGGCGUGUGAUACAAGUGAAGAAAUAAGGUUUCAAGGCUCUCACACAAUACAUGUCUUACAAUAAUAUCAUCUCGAUUACGCAGCUAGAUUGAUAUGCAUGCAGUAUGCUGGAGGGGUAUCGCACCAUUCGUGGACCCUUUCGACACCUACCUUGGGCCCGGGUAAAACCAAUAUCAACCCUAUUGUGGAGUGUGUCAGACAUCGACUGCGCAUGAUCAAGAGCGCAUUGGGCACGGAAUGCAAUCGCGUGCCUUUCUUAAUAUUAGAACGUAUCCGAGAGCUAUAUUCGGCCUUGCGAUUAGUGACAAUACUGUUGGGCACCAACUGCACGCGUAUAACUUUACAUCAGGUGACUGGGUCAGAAUACACUCAUCUAGUUUCAAGCACGGGUCAAACGGAACGUUUGAAUGGCUUCUCUACAGUGUGCGAGACGCACAAAUCCCAAGGGUACGUCGCUCGUCGAACGCCCCAAUGUCGUAUACUGACGCGCUUAGAUUGUCUUCAACAUCCCCACACAAACGCCUCCAGGUCAGUACCUUAUGCGUAUGGACGUGCCUUGCGCAGGAGAAAUCAACCAGUGUACCAAGCACGGCGAUGUACUGACGUAGCGCUAUCCGUCGUGCGGCAACUCAAUGUCAGGAGUGACUCCGCUAGCGUGUUUCCUGGAGGAGUGCAGAUGCCGCAAAUAUUCUCGCCUGACGGGCCUGAGAUGGAAACUUCGGCGGAGAUGGCGGCGUAUGAGUAGAUUGAUGAAGGGAAGAAUUUUGCCAGUCACUUUUGUUAAAGAUGACUCUGACGUCAGAACCAUGGCCAUAGCUAC